CGAGGAUAACCGGCGCAAAGCCGUACCACAGUAAUUCGUCCGCCAUGAGCAAUCGCGAACCCCACGUCUGCAUGGUGCAUUCCAAGUAUGUAUAAAAAACGCCAUACCUGAUACAAUGCAGCCCCGAUAUUAUCAGCAUUCCAUUGCCUCGUCAAUUCCAUCAACGAUUCAUCAAUUCAUCGCACCGAAACCCCUUUAUACACCUCACAAUGGUCGGGAGACUUGAAGGAAAGAACGCCAUCAUCACUGGCGCAGCCGGCGGUGUUGGCCUCGAGUCCACCAUCCUCUUCCUCCAACAGGGCGCUUCUGUCCUCAUGACGGAUAUCAACAACGCCGCCCUCGAACGAGCCCUCAGCAAAGUCAAAAGCGUUGUACCGAAUCCCACCGGCAGAGUAGAGAUAAAGGUCGUCGACGUGUCCAAAGAGGAGCAGGUCGAGGCAGCUGUCACACAUCUGGAUGCCUGGGGCGGCGUGGAUGUCAUGUUCAACAACGCAGGCAUCAUGCACCCCAGGGAUGGCGACUCGGAGGAGUGUCCGGACAGCAUCUGGGACUUGACGUUUGAUGUAAAUGUCAAGGGAGUCUGGUACGGUUCGAAGCAUGCCGUGCGAUCGCUGAGGAAGCAUGGCAAGACCAAGGGCAGCAUCAUCAACACGGCCAGCAUGGUUGCUAUUGUUGGGGCCGCGACCCCUCAGGUUGCUUAUACUGCCAGCAAAGGUGCUGUUCUUGCUUACACUCGUGAGAUGGCUAUCGUUCACGCACGCGAAGGCUUCCGCUUCAACUCACUUUGCCCUGCACCACUCAACACACCCAUGCUACAAGAGUUCCUCGGCGACGACAAGGCCAAGCGAUUCCGCCGCGAAGUCCACUUCCCCACUGGUCGAUUCGGCGAGGCUAUCGAGCAAGCGCAAGCCGCAGUUUUCCUCGCCAGCGACGAGAGCAGUUUCGUUAAUGCACAUGACUUUGUUGUUGAUGGCGGUUUGACCAAGGCUUAUGUCACACCAGAGGGUCCUGCCACCCAGGCCCCCAAGAACCAGGGAUAAUGCAGUCUCAUAGCUCAUCUCAUAACAUAAUUGACGUG